AUUUCCCAGCGUGCCUCAGGAAGGGCGCCAGGACUGCAUUUUGCUCCGGAGCGUCCAGAGUCCUGGCCUUGAGCGGGAAUCGCAGUAUCCGAGGUUGGGCGGCAGCUGGAGGUCGAAUUCACCGAGUCACGUAGAGAAAAGGGGCGGUGUCUCGGAUCUCCCUGUGUGGCGUUGAGGCGGUCUCCCGACAGGAGCUGCCGAUGCUGAGUGGGCGCCUGGUCCCAGGUCUGGUCUCCAUGGCUGGCCGGGUCUGUUUGUCCCGGGGCAGCGCGGCAUCUGGGGCCAUCGGUCCAGUGGAGGCCGCCAUUCGCACGAAGUUGGAGCAGGCCCUGAGCCCCGAGGUGCUGGAGCUUCGCAACGAGAGCAGUGGCCACGCGGUCCCGCCUGGCAGUGAGACGCACUUCCGCGUGGCUGUGGUGAGCUCUCGUUUCGAGGGACUGAGCCCCCUACAACGACACCGGCUGGUCCACGCAGCACUGGCCGAGGAGCUGACAGGGCCGGUCCAUGCACUGGCCAUCCAGGCACGGACCCCCGCCCAGUGGAGAGAGAACUCUCAGCUGGACACUAGCCCCCCAUGCCUGGGUGGGAACAAGAAAGCUCUAGGAACCCCUUGAACCCCAAGAGAGGGGGAGGACCAGGAUCCAAAUGGGCUGAGUGAGCACGAACUACUGAGGCCUUCCCUUCGAUACAGUCCAGGAUUUGUAAGGGAUGAAGACCCCUGAGCCCUAUUCUGUUGGGGUCCAUACAUAUUCUCCGAAGAUAGCAACUUGCUUCAGGUCAAACUGAACCCAAGAAAAGAGAAGAAUCACUCACUACUGCUCUUGCCCUGGACUAUUCAGGAAGGGCAGCUUGGAUGUUCCAUGUUAAAUCGUGACAGAACUGCACCAAACCUGAUGAGUUGGAAACAAUCCUAUACAUUAAAAGAAAUUACACUAUGA